UUAAAAUGUCAGGAGAAACAAUCAGGUCUUUUGAAGAUCAGAAAAUUAAAUUGGAACCUCUAGAAUUUUCAAUAGAAGCCGUUAAAUGUGAAAUUGAAGAUGAAUAUGAGGUUCUUGAAGAUAUUGUUAAGUCUGAAUCGUUCUCAGAGGACGGAGAAACGUGUCUCGAAAGAUUCAUGAAGACUGAGGUAACUAUAGAAGAAGAAGACCAAACGGUGUUAAUUGAGACACCUGCUUAUGAAUUUGACGACGAAAUACCUUUUUUAUGUACAAUAUGCGACAAAGUAUUUGAUACAAUUUAUCUGUUAGAUCAGCAUGUUUGUGAACAGUCUGAUAAGGUAAAUAAAAAUACUCCUACUGUAAAUCAGACAUGCUUAGUAUGUGACAAGACAUUAGCAAAUUCGAGUAACUUGAAAGUACAUAUGCGUAUUCAUACAGGAGAACAUCUAUAUAAAUGCGAAAUAUGCAACAAGACAUUUAUACAAACUACCAGCUACAAGUCACACAUGCGUAUGCAUACUGGAGAACGCCCUUACAAAUGCAAAAUAUGUAACAAAGACUUCAGUCAAUCCAAUAAUUUAAAGCGGCAUAUGGUUAUUCAUACUAAAGAGCAUCCUCACAAAUGUGUCAUAUGUGCAAGGCCAUUCACUGCUUUGAGUGAUUUGAAAAGGCACAUGCGUAUUCACACCGGAGAACGUCCUUACAAGUGCGAAUUUUGUGAUAAGGCAUUUGCACAAUUGGGUAAUAUGAAGUCCCACAUGCACAGUCAUUCUGGAGAACGUCCUUACAAAUGCCAAAUAUGUAGCAAAGCAUUCAGACAACCGGGUAUUUUAAAGCAGCAUAUGGUCAUUCAUACAGGAGAGCGUAAUUUCAAAUGCUUAAUAUGCAAUAAAACAUUUUCACGACAGUGUGAUUUGAAUCAGCAUAUGCUUAUUCAUACAGGUGAACAACCUUUCGAAUGCGGAACAUGUAACGCAGCAUUUCGUACAGCAACUAAUUUAAGAGUACAUAUGCGAACUCAUACAGGAGAAAAGCCCUAUAAAUGUGAGACAUGCAAUAAGGCUUUCACGCAAGCAGGUAGUCUACAAAUGCACAGGCUCAUUCAUACAGGAGAACGCCCUUAUAAAUGCGAUAUCUGCAAUAAAGCUUUCAAACAAUCAAGUAAUUUGAAAGGACACAAGCUUACUCAUAGCAGAGCAGGUUCUAAAAAUAUGAAAGGUGCGAUCAGGAAUUCACGCAAAGGGUCUCAAAGCCGUGAAAUGAAAUCCGCCCUUUCUAGAGAGGUCUCUCUGAUCCCUCCGCAGAUAUUACCUCUUAAGGGCUGCUAUCCUCAAUUGUGGAUCACCGACAACCUGGAUUAA